AUGCUUGCUGCAGCUGCGCCGGCCCGUUGGCUGCGCUUUCCUACCUUGAGAUCAGCUCUAUCCCAUCGUCAAGCUCGUCUUCAACCUUGUCUCGUGUCAACAUGUCCAGCUCAAGCAUGCUCGGGCACCAGAACGGCAGCCACGUACACAUCUAGACACCAGGCUGCUCAAAUAUCAGUCCUGCAAACCGCCAUUGAUACCAACUCGACUAGCUAUGUCGACAACAAAAAAUCAAUGCAAGAGUUGCUCGAUAGCUUCACAACAUUACACCGCAAUGCUGCUCUAGGAGGGUCCGAAAAGGCACGCGAGAAACAUAUUGCUAAAGGGAAGAUGUUGGUGCGAGAUCGCAUCACUGCUCUGGUCGAUCCAGGCACGUCGUUCCUCGAAUUGUCAGCUUUGGCCGGACAUGAGGUGUAUCCUGGAGAAGAAGUACCUGCCGGAGGUAUCGUGACAGGCAUUGGUACGGUCGAAGGCACCAUGUGCAUGAUCGUCGCCAAUGACAGCACUGUUAAGGGAGGCACCUACUAUCCCAUCACUGUCAAAAAGCAUCUCCGAGCUCAAGAAAUCGCUCAGCAGAAUCGACUACCUUGUAUUUACCUUGUCGACAGCGGCGGCGCCAAUCUUCCUCACCAAGCAGAUGUCUUCCCUGACCGCGACCACUUUGGACGCAUCUUUUACAACCAGGCAAACAUGUCUUCAAUGGGCAUUCCACAACUCUCGGUCGUUAUGGGCCCUUGCACUGCCGGAGGUGCUUAUGUGCCAUCUAUGAGUGACGAAAGCAUCAUUGUACAAGAACAAGGCCACAUCUUCCUCGCAGGUCCACCGUUAGUCAAGGCUGCUACUGGAGAAGUCGUCAGCGCAGAAGACCUAGGUGGUGGUAGACUACACAGCGAAACCAGCGGUGUAACAGAUUACCUCGCCGUCGAUGAUGCACACGCCCUCGUGUUAGCCCGUCGCUGUGUCGCUAACCUCAAUUAUCCUGCCUCAGCACCGAAACCAGGACCUUGGAAAGAACCUCUCUAUGAUCCUGCAGAACUAGAUGGCAUCAUGGGCACAAAUCUCAAGACCCAAGUCGAUGUCCACGAAGUAAUAGCUCGCAUUGUCGACGGCAGCGAAUUUGCAGAGUUCAAACCUUUAUAUGGCAGCACGCUAGUCACAGGCUUCGGACGCAUUCAAGGCCAUCAAGUCGGUUUCGUCGCCAAUAACGGAAUCCUAUUUUCAGAGUCUUCAUUGAAGGGUGCUCAUUUCAUUCAGUUGUGCAAUAAACGCCGUAUCCCUCUGGUAUUUUUGCAAAACAUCUCUGGCUUUAUGGUCGGCAAAGAUGCUGAAAAGGGAGGCAUUGCAAAGAAUGGUGCUAAGCUUGUUACUGCUGUUGCCUGCGCAGAUGUUCCCAAAUUUACAGUCGUAUUUGGAAGCUCUGCCGGAGCAGGAAAUUAUGGCAUGUGUGGCCGAGCAUAUUCACCACGCUUCCUCUGGGCAUGGCCAACAGCAAAAACCAGCGUCAUGGGCGCCGAGCAACUAUCUUCAGUCAUGGAAGCCGUCGGCAAAAAGGUAGAUCCAAACCUGCGCGAUCGCAUUGAACGGGAAAGCGAGUCUACAUUCGCGACGGCGAGGUUGUGGGAUGAUGGGAUCAUUCCUCCGUCGCACACGAGAAGGGUGUUGGCUAUGGGUUUGCAAGCUGCUUGUUCGGGAAGUGUUGAGGAUAAGAAGUCUGAAUGGGGUGUGUUUAGGAUGUAA